AUGGCGAGACACUUCGUCAAGCAUGGGAAAGCUUGUGGGGGUAGUUGCAUGGCUAAACCGUACAGUGAAAGCCAAAUCUUGAUAAAUAACUUCAUUGCUAAUGAUCAUAAUUGGCAAGGUGAGGGUGAUUCACAAAAGGCAAUUAAGCAGAAAUCAGCUGGAGUACUUGAGCUCGACGACUUGACAGCCAUGAGAGCCGAUAUUGCAAAGUUGGCUAAUCAGAUGACUAGGAUGACAAUGCAGCAACAACAACCAAUGCAACAUCAGCUCAGAACCGAUUUCAAAAAUCUUGAAAAGCAGAGGGGGCAGUUGGCAACGAAUCAGAACACCAGACCUGCAGGCGCUCUCCCCAGUGAUACAGAAAAGAAUCCUCAAGUGAAUGCAGUUACACUCAGAAACGGGAGAGAGCUGGAGAAAGUGCCAAAGAAAAGAAAAGACAAAGCCACACCCGAGGGGGAGUUGAUACCGAAGGAAACUCAUGAAUCCAAGAAUACUGAUGCAAUUCCAGAGCCAGAUAUAGUGGCUCACAAGAGAAGAUUGAAUGAAUUUGAGACAGUGGCACUUACUGAGGAGUGCACCUCAAGGGUCCAGAACAAUCUUCCUCAAAAGCUUAAGGAUCCUUGCAGUUUCACCAUUCCGGUGCGCAUUGGUAAUAUUGAUCUGGCUGAUAGAUCAAUAGCACACCCCGAGGGUGUGAUUGAAGAUGUGUUGCUGCAAAUUGGAAAAUUUAUCUUCCCAGCUGACUUCAUUAUCCUGGAUUAUGAGGCUGACGAACUGGUCCCAAUCAUAUUGGGGCGACCUCUCUUGGCUACUGGUGAUGCAAUCAUUAAUGUGAGAGAGGGAAAAAUGAUUUUGAGGGUGGAUGAUGAGGAAGCAGUCUUUAAUGUGUACAAAGCAAUCCAACUCCCCCGCCAUUAUGAGGAGCUCUCAAUGAUAUCCGUUGUUGAGGUUGAUGAGCAAAUUCUUGACACGAGUGUAUAUCUAGACGACUCUCUAGAGAAAGCACUUAUGUUGUUCAAUAGCAUGGGAAACGAUGAGGAG